CAUCACCAAGUGUACCAAUUGGAAUUCUCGUUCUCUUGCUUCGUUGUUUAUGCGCCGAAUAUCCCCGUCCUCACAUGAAACCCACCAAGAAUUACAAUCCUCAACUCGAUUUAGGUCUCCCCAUAUAACAGACUCCUUUGCUCUCGACGUGUUGCACCAUCCUACAAGAGAGAAGAAAACAACCUUAACACCCUCCAUUCAUAACAAUCAUUCAAGCAGUCAUGUCUCUCUCCAAGGUUUUGGCGUGUUUGCUCCUUUCCCUCCUCGUUUUCCAUCUGCUGGCUGAAGCAGCUGAUGCUACGCAGGAGGUGAGUGAGGAUUCAGUGAAGAGUUCUGCCGCCAAAAAGAUAGAUUGCGGAGCGGCUUGUGCCGCCAGGUGCCGGUUGGCAUCGAGGCAGAAGAUUUGCAAAAGGGCAUGCGGAACCUGCUGUGCCCGUUGCAAUUGUGUGCCGCCGGGGACCUCCGGUAAUCGGGAUGUCUGCCCUUGCUAUGCCACCAUGACCACUCACGGAGGCAGACUCAAGUGCCCUUAAUUUAGUAAAUUAUCCACUGUGGAUCUUGUAUCAUCUAGAUGGAUACAAGUCACCAAGAAUAAAGAAUUUAAUUUAUUAGUGUGUGAUCUACAGUAAUAUAAUAAGAAUGUUCCUGUAUAAACCCCAAUAUCAUAUCGAAAUCUCCGUGUAUAGAGUAACAAUAAUAAAGAGUACUAUGCAUUUUCGUGUA